GGGUCAGGCCCCCGGCACGUGACGCGGGAAGGUGGUGGGUGGGAGUGGCUGCCUGGAGGGGGCGGGGCCAGUGGCGUUGCGAGGGGCUCCGCUGGCCUCUCUCCCUCCCCGGUCGCCGGGGCUUCCUGGCCGAGAGCGCUCUCUCCGGCGGAGCCUCCGAGGAAGCGGAAGGGCCGGAGGAGGCGGAGAGCUGAGUCCCUCUGGGAGAGCCAGCCAGGCGGCUGAGUCAGGCUGGGAAAAGGCCCUUCCUGCGGGAUCAUAACAAAGGCUCCCUUGAGGCGGAAGCAAGGGAAGGGUUCCCGAGACAAAGGCGGCAGUGAAGAGGGCAGAUAGAGGCGCCCUUUCUGCCUCAUGAUCGGAGGCUGACCUUUCGGAGGGUUUACCUUGGACCGCGCUCCCUCCCCAGGAGGCUUUCUUUGGCAGCAGCGCCGCUUCCGGGGAGGGCAGAGGGAGGGAGGGAGGCCUAUUGCUGCUGCUACUGCUGCUGCCAAUGGAGAGCCCGAGCCAAGAGCAGAAGGGCCCCCGGCCUCCAGAGACCCUCGAGGCUGCGCUUCUGCCGGAGGAGGAGGAGGAAGUCCCCGGGGCACAGGGCUCCCUCUGGCCCCAGACAGCCUCUGCCCCUUUGGGCCCUUGGCGCCAGGGAGGAAGGGAAGGGCCAGGGCUGCCCCAAAAGCCCAGGGGAUGCCAGGGGAGGGUCCUGGCAGAGCCCCCCUCGAAGGGCAUGGCGCCCAGGGGCCCCUCCCCGGAAGACCCUCUCCUGCCUUUGGCUGCAGGGGCUGCGCCUGUUUAAGGCCUGCUUCAAAGGAGGAGAUUCGGCCGCAGAGGGAGCUUGCUUUAAGGGCUCCUGGCGACUGAGGGCCAGGGAGACCCUUCCUUCUGCCCAGCCCUUCUAGGUGCCCUGGGUGCAGUUUGGCCCCAAGUGGAAGGGCCUGGAGGAAGCCCGCUCCGUCCCAAAGCGCACUGACCUUCACAUGUUCCUUUCCCUGCGGAGACAAAAGUGGCGCGGGAGGAGGACCUUGUGGCCCUGCUUUCCCUGCCAGGCUGGCAGAUGGGCAGGUGGGGCAUGCCCCCGCGGGGAGGGGCUCCUUCCCUAUAUCAGAGGGGCCUGGGCCACGGCUGCCACACCGCCUCCUGCUCCAGAGAAGAUGGCGCUUUCCCAGCCGGGCCACCGCUGCCACUGCCUUUGGGCCUUGGGGGGCCUCCCAGUGCUGCUGGUGCUGCUCCUGGGGCAGCCGGCCCAAGGAUGGGUCAACUUCCGGUCCCCGAUGUCCGCCUCCCGCUUGGCCAGCCUCAUGUGGCCAAAGCAAGGAGCCAUGCUCUACCGCCAGGCUGUGAAAGUGCUGCAAAUGGCCAUGGACCACUUGAACGAGAAGCACAACACGACCUACUCCCGGGCGCCAGGGGUGCCAACGCACAUCAUGCUGGAGACUGUGUUCGGACGCACUUACCAUGUGAACGUGGUGCUGGUGGAAGCCAAAUGCCCCGAAGGCCAGGCAAAGUGGGACUCCAAGGACUGCAAGGUCGCCCCUGACGCACCGAAACUGGAGUGCAGGCUAGAAGUGACCAUGUUUUUGGGCAAUGAAGAGCCAUACAUUAAAGACGAUGGCUGCGAGACCUUCAAGCAGCUGUUACCUGAUGCUGUUCCUGAUCCAGAAGGAGGAGGAGGAGGAGACGGAGAAGAAGAAGCUGCACCGUUCAUCUGACAAAGCAGAGAGGAUGCCGAGGGCUCUGUAGUUUCCCCUGCAAUUGGCCAAAUGCAAUUCUGAAUUGUUGCUUCGUAUGAUCCCCACCAAGAAAAGUCCCCUCUUUGAGGGAAAUAUACGACUCAGGCUACAAUUACAACAGUACAGUUUAUUUGAAAAAUCUUAUUAAAGUAAUACAAGUUGAAAUAUGAUUAAAAAAUUAAUGCAAAGAA